AUGUCCCGCGGGAAAGACAAAAAGUUGCUCGCUGGGUUGGUUGGCGCUCCUCUCGAGGCGCUCACAGCUCCUGCCUUGCCUGGCGGCGCGUCUCGUGGAGCUGAGCAUCUCAUCACAGAUGUUCGCUACGUAGGCUCGUACGAUGUCGUGAACAAAACCACUAUCAUCGUCCCUGGCUCGCCGCCAGUAUGGAGCCCCCCUACGGCACCGUUUAGCGUUGCGCCAGACACCCGCGCUCUAGCCACUGAGCGUAACGAAUAUAAGCUCGGCUCACCGAUGUUCGAGUCCGUCUUUGCCUCCAUCGAUGCUGUGGGCACGGACGUGAAGUGGCCCGAGGUCGAUCUCGUCACCAAUCGCCGCGCUCUGCGCCAUCUGUAUCGCUGGCUCGACGGUGCCAAUUCCAAGCCACGAGAUAACUUCCGGAUCGACGUAGACUUGUUUGGAGAUCGGACAAUGCUGUUCAGCGAAGUCGCGAGGACGUUCCAAUUCGAUGAUAAGCACCCCGGGUUCGGAGCCAGGUUUGAGGUUGAGACGACAGACGCUGUGCCCGGGUGCGAGGCCAGCAAAGGUCAUCAUCGCAUUGUACGAUAUAACUUUGGUGGACUUAACCUGGUUGUGCGCUUCGAGUGCGACGCGCGAGUCGACAUGCCUAGUGGGGCGACAUCGUCCACACAAGCCACAGAGCAACCCUAUAAGCCUAACCGCAACUCACCCUACAUCCUCCGCGCCGGUGCGAUUCCUGCUCAAGAUGCCAUAGUCGAGAUCAAGACCACCAAAGGCAAAACAGGGACGGGAGGCCUUCGACAAACAUGGCCUUCCAAUAAGUGGACCGACGUCGCUGCCCAACUGCUACUCUCCGGAACAGAGCGGCUUCACACGGGGAUGCACGUCGACGGUAACUUCUACGUUGUUGAAGAGCAUGAAGUCGACAAAACGAAUAUGCUGGCUGAGCGACCGCGAGUGGCGAAUUGCAUGCGGAGAUUGGGGAGCCUACUGGGGGUCAUACGCGAGAGAGUGCUUGCGCGUGGGAGGGAGGCGAAAGCGCCGCUGAGCAUCGUCUGUCAGUCGGGGCAGCUGCGGCUUUAUGAGCGCACCUCGCGGCGUAUUGCGCUCGCAGAGGAGUUCACUGCUCGAUUCAGCGCCUGA